AUGGGUGUCGGGUUCGUGGUCAUCACGCCCGUGCUGCUCGUCAAGGCGGACGGGGAUCCAGUCAGGGCGUACAAGCACUUCGCAGCGGACGUGGCGGUAGUCCCAGAGAGGCUGGCGUGGGCAGCAAGCGCUUCGACGAGCCGCGUCCUGGGGCUCAUACCGGCGCCGGUGAAGUCUUCCGCUCGAACUGCAGCACGCGCCGCCGUCGACGCAAUCCCCGACGCCGUGAAGGUCCCUGUGGUGCGCACGUACGCGAGGGGCGUGGACGUCCUGCACACGAAGAUGGUCCUGAACCACAAGCAGCUGAGGGGCGCCUGCGUGAGGUGGCUCGGGCCCGGGAUCGCGAAGCGCAUCGGCGCGUUCUUCCACAAGAAAGAAGGCGGCGCGGCGGCCUCGCCGGGGCUCUGCGGCCUCCUUCACACCAGCAAGCGCGUCUUCACUGCAAGCGAGCUGGCACAGCUCUCCUCGCGCGGGCAGUGCAUCCUGCUCGCGCUGGCGGGCCGCGUGUACGACGUCAGCGCGGGCGCGCGGCACUACGGGCCCGAGGGCGCGUACGCCGCGUUCGCAGGCCGGGACGCGUCGCGGGCGUUCGUCACGGGGGACUUUGUGCACGACCUGACGGACGACGUCUCCGGUCUGACCACGAGCGAGCUCGAGGGCCUGCACGGGUGGUCCCAGUUCUACGACGAGUCGGACUACCCCCUCGUCGGCGUGCUCGAGGGCCGCUUCUACGACGCGGAGGGGCGCCCCACCGGUCAGGCUGCGCUGCUGUCGGGGGCGGUGGAGGAGGGGCAGGCCAAGCGGGACCGCGUCGCCGCGCACCCGACGAGCCAGCUGCCGGGGUGCGCGAUGCGGUUUGAGGCCAACACCAACACGGUCACGUUCUGGUGCGAGGGCGACAGCGCCGCGUACCCGCGCGCGAUGGACAACCCUGACCCCGACAACGACAGAGAAGUGUGCAAGUGUUUGAAGGAGCCUGUUGUGGACGAAAAACACCGGCUGUACAAGGGCGCGGACGCGGAGGCCACCACCGUCGUGAUCGACGCGCCGCAGCCGGAGCGAGAUCCGUUCUCGUCCUCCGAAGACGGGUUCUCUCUGUGA